AAUCCCAUCUUCAUCUCCAUUGAUUACCCCAACCACACCAAAACCAUGGCCUACCUCGCCCGAACUCUCCCAAAGAGGGUCCUCACCCCGUCCCUAUCUCAAUCCAUCCGCCAAACCAGCGCACUAAGCACAACAACCCUCCAAUCCACACUAGUCACCCACAUAACCCAACCCACAACCCGAACAAAUAAACCCACACACUCGCUCCCCCACCGAACAUACCACUCAGCCCUGCACCCCAGGCUCCCAGACCACUCGUACACAAACUCCCAAACAGCAAUCCUAACCUCGGCGCUCGCCCACGUCCCCGCGCACGGCUUCUCCGCCACAGCCCUAACGCUCGGCGCGCGGGACGCCGGCUUCCUCGACGUCUCGGUGCAGCUACUCCCGCGCGGUGAAUUCGACCUCAUCCUCUUCUGGCUUGCUAGUCGACGGGGUCUGCUGCGUGGUAAGGUCGAGGAGGGCGGGUUGUUCCGGCGCAUUGCGGCGGAGAAGGGGAAGGAUGUUCAUGAGCUUGAUGUUGAGGAGAGGGUUAAGGGAUUGAUUUUGGAGAGGUUGAGGAUGAAUGUGGAGGUUAAGGAUGUUUGGCAGGAUGCUCUCGCGCAAAUGUCGCUUCUUGCUAAUAUCCCCAUCUCUCUUACGGAACUACAUGCUCUCGCCUCAGAUAUCCUUACUCUUUCUGGUGAUGACGCUGUUGAUGCGACUUGGUACACACGCCGUCUCGCGGUGUCGGCUAUCUAUGCCAGUGCUGAGGUUGUCAUGACCCGUGACCCGACGCCGGAUCUUGUGGAGACGGCUGCGUUCGUGGAGCGCCGGUUUGAGGAUCGGAAAAUGCUUGCUGAUAAACUUACUGGCAUUGGACAAUGUGCUGGGUUUGGGUGGAAUACUGCUAUUGGGCUUGGGCGAAGCUGGGGAUUGAAGAUUUGAGGUGAUUUUUGAAUGAGCCUCUUUCAUUUUUGGUAUCAAUGCCCAGCCUAUACUCGGUCGAGGUCGUCGAGGGAAGUUAAAUGAAGCAGGCUUUGCUCGGUGGUAGAUGGAUUUGUACUUUUAUUCUAAACUGUUUUAUUAUUGUAAACUACUCCAUUCUUGUCAACGAAAAU